AGCAAGUGCAGUUACAAAAUUUGCUCAGCUUGGACUUGUGAACGUUUGUAGCCUACUUGCCAUUAGAAGACUGUUUCCGCCAAAAGAGAAUGCUGUAAUCAGUCUGAUGAAUGAGAACACACAGUCACACCGAAGCAGAGCCCUGCAACCAUUCUAAGAUGGAGUAGCUGGCUGUGUUGGACUUGUUGGAGCACCUGGACGUUUCUGCCAAGGUCCUGCCCUGCCAACACAACUUCUGGAAGCCCUGCCUGCAGCACCAGGAGACCUCCAGGCCCGGGGACCAAGAUGGAGUUCCACUGCCCAGAGUGUCAUACCCCAGUCCAGGCCAGGUCAGUGGAGGAGCUGCCCCCUAACCACCUCCUGGUUUGGCUCCUGGAGGGACGGGACGGAGACAGACCGCCUGCCCGAUAUAUGGUACCCUCUGCCAGGGAGAAUGGUCGACUCAGAGGCAGGGAGGCCCAGCAGCAACAGCAGAACCCACAGUCUGAUCAGCAGCACAGAGAGAGGCAGCCUGGACAGAAUGAGGGAGACGUCCUCACGGUCAUCAGACGAGCGGAUGAAAACUGGAUUGAAGGAAAGCUGGGAGACAAAGUUGGCAUCUUCCCUUUCCAGUUCAGUGAGCCAAACACGGCAGCAGCAGCCAAGCUUCUGGAGGGAAAGAUCUGGAAGGGGAGUGACUCCUCUGCUGAAUCUCGCCCAGGGAUCGGGAGUGGGAAUGGGGUUAGCAACAGCGGGACCUGUGACUCAACAAACCCCAACCGGUCAACCUGCUUCGGGGCACCCCAGGGCCCCACGAAGACCCCCAAUAUUUCUGCUCUCAACAUCCCCACCACCACCCAGGAGAAACAGCAACAAGCUAGCAGCAGCACCCUGUACCAGUCGAACCAGACACAACCUUCUAAUAUCGACGGUCUGUUCCAAUCAACCCAGGCACAACAACCUGCUAAUAUCAACAGUGUGUACCAGCCGCCCCAGGGGCAGGGGCAGCCACCCAGUGCCCUCAACAGCCUGAACCACCAGGAGCAUCAGGGUCACCAGAGCCGGCCGUCCCACCCCUCCGACCCCCCUGCCAACCACAGCUCCUCUAACCACUCAGGCUCAGGUGUGACAUCACAGCGCGUGAAGCGAAGCUCUGAGAGCACUGGCAGACACCAACAGGGUGAGAGGAAGAUGAGUAGUGGUGAAGCUCCUCCCACCAUCACCAUGGCUCUGAUCAACCCCCAGACCCCCUCAGCCUCUGCUGACACCAAACAGUCCUCCACUCAGCAGCUCUCCAUCAGUGUGUGUGCUGCUCUGUACUCCUACAAGCCCCGUCGUUCUGAGGAACUGGAGCUGAGGAAGGGGGAGAUGGUGGGGGUGUAUGGGAAGUUUAAGGAGGGCUGGCUCCGAGGCCUCUCUCUACGGACGGGCAAAGUGGGCAUCCUGCCCGGCAACUACGUCACACCUGUCCUCAGAACCUCUGCCAGGCUCUUGGAGUCCAAGGCAGUGACGGCAGGCCUUGGUACAGUCCCUGGAAAAAGAACCUCGUCGUCCUCCAAGACCCCAGCGGUGGUCCUAGCUCUCGACAGGGUCAACUCAGAUGGAACUAGCUACUCUACUGGACAACGGGUUCCGCAGCAGUCCGCAUCCAUGGCCACGCAGCCUAUGAUGUCAUCAGGCGGCGCCGCGAGACAGUCCCUGCACGGAGUGGGCUCAGAGGGAUGGGACACAGUGAGGAGGGUCUUCCAUCGUUCACACAGAGGCUCAUCUCAGCGGGGAAACCACUACCCCCACACCACCAUCUCAUCCAGCUCAGCCCUUCAAUCCCAGACCCACAGUCAGAGUUCAUCCCAGAGCUCGUCCAAGAACUCACCCCAGUUCGGUAACCACUACCCCCACACCACCAGCGCCACCUCAGGCCUUCAGCCCCAUUCUCAGUCCCAUUCUCACAGCCAGAACUUUAGCCACAUCCAGGCCCCUGGCUACUCCCCUGCUCUGCUCAGGAAGAAACAACACAUGACCAUCCUUCCCAAUCACAACAGAUCUCUGGCCUGGAUGUCUGAGGGACCGGCGCCCUCUAGUGGUGGUUUUAUGAAGGACAGAGACACCGCUGCCAGAGAGGCAUUUGAUAGGCAGGUGUUGGAGACAAGGCAAGCAGCAUCGAAUGGUCAGCACUCCAUCCACUCCAUCCUAGUGAGACCAGACGCCCUCAAGAACAACACAGAGAAGCCCACCAAGUCAGUGCGGUUCCUGACCCAGCCUGAUUCCCCUCCACCACGGUCCAGGACCACAUCCCUGCCCUCGGGUAGCCAGCCCCCCUACAGUACCCGGCCUGGUCCACCUCCCCUGGAGGUCUGGGCUCCAUCACUCACCCUGGGGCGAGACGGGCCUGGGAUCAUACUGAAAGAAGGCAAGGCUCCUGUUCUUAGGAAAGGUCUGGAGACAAACCCCUCAGAUGUUCUGACUUCCAAUCAGAAGCCUUCAUCUUUAUCAUCAUCAGCACCAUCAGCGUCAAUACAGUCCAGCAGUCCUAGCAGACACAGAGUAGCGACAUCCUAUCAGGCCCAGACGGAGUCAGAGAUGAGCCUGAUGCAGGGUGAGCCUGUCCUGCUCCACAGACAUCGGCCCGACGGACGGGUUCUGCUCACCCAGGAGAGCAGUGGCCACACGGGCCUCUUCCAUAGCAGUGUUCUACAGUUCUUAGACCGGUUCAGCUGACUGCCUGCAGUGUUUAGUUAUUAUUAUAUGUGUGUUUUUCACAUAGAAAUAGAAUGACUAGAAGGGGAGAAGCUCCUUAGACCGCGACAAUUUGAUAGUACACUCAUGGGUACACUCAAUAUGGCUGCCGGCCCACCCCAUCACGUAACGAUGACUUGAAAAGGAAAUGUCCAUUCUAGCAAUUCUAUUUCUAUGGAUCUCCACGUGUUGACACUGCCAAAUGAGAUGCCCAAUCUGUGGAAGAGUGUGUGUGUAUGUUAUCUGUGUGUUGAAAAUAAUAUAUUGUAUUACUGCCAUAUAAUGACCAAAUACAGAGAUUCCUUAGACCUGUUCUAAACUGUAGAUAGAUAACUAUGAGGUUAUGAGAUAUAUUUGUGUAUAUUUUGAUGUGCAGAUGCAUGAGUUGCACAUAGACCUACUGUAUACAGUUAUUAUUACCAAUCCCAGUUGCACAAACCCACCUCAGACCAAUGUUUUGCAUAAAGAAUGAGUGUUUUCUUUAUUCAAGAGCUAUUAGACACACUAGUCAGUGCCUUUGCAAAGCCCACAAAGUCUAGAUUUGAAAAACAAUAACAGCCCUCUUACCAGAGGCAAAAUGUAUGCAAAAGUGUUGAUCACAUAGUGGUGAUAAACAAUGCUUCCGUUAACUAUAGCAUGCAUUUGUUACAUUCUUAACCUGGUUUUGCAAAACAACUGCACACCUGUGGUAUGUGUUCUGUCAUGCACUUUGAAGACUUUUCUGAGAACAGAUACACAUGUGUCCUCUAAGGGAUUCUACUUCUCAGCUCUUUGUGAGUGCUGAAAAUAAAUAAUUGAUGACACAUUGUAGCUAAAAUACUUGUUUUAUUGGCUGUUGCAUGGAUCAUGAUCCCCUGUUCUGUUUUUCAUCUUACUCUGUAUCUUCCCCUGUUUUUCAGCUAACAUUUUAAGUGAAU